UUAAUAGGGAUAGGGAGGAGAGCAAUCACACGAACGGGAUCUGCCGCUUGCUAGGGUUUCGUCCUCUCCCGCCUCUCGUCUCGCACCACCUCGCAUCCCUAACCCUAGCCCUUGCCUCGGUCGCCCCCCGAUUCCCGCGGCGGCCAUGGCGGCGGAAGCGCCACCGUCGUCGUCGUCGUCCUCCUCCUCCUCUUCCGCGCGGCCGCCGGCAGCGGGCGGCGGCGGGGCGGAGUCGUACAUCGGGAGCCUCAUCAGCCUGACCUCCAAGAGCGAGAUCAGGUACGAGGGCGUCCUCUACAACAUCAACACCGAGGAGUCCAGCAUCGGCCUGCGCAAUGUGCGGUCAUUUGGAACCGAAGGUCGGAAGAAAGAUGGAAUGCAAAUUCCUGCUAGUGACAAAGUUUACGAGUACAUCCUCUUCCGAGGAAGUGAUAUCAAGGAUUUGCAAGUUAAGUCAUCACCACAGCGGCCACAACCAGCUUCCCUGCACAGUGAUCCUGCCAUAAUUCAGUCACAUUAUUCUCAACUGGCAUCAACUUCUUCAAGUUUGCCUUUAGCGGGGGGUGCAGUUUUACCAGACCUCAGCUCCCAGGCAGCUCAAUAUGGGCUUCAGAGGCCAAAUUUUCAGAGUAACCUUCCUCUAUAUCAACCGGGGAGUGCUCCGUGGGGUUCUCCGGCAGUGCCUCCCGUUGGAAAUGCUCCAACGCUUUCAGUUCCCUCGAUGUACUGGCAAGGAUACUAUGCACCUUCGAGUGGGCUUCCACCUCAUUUGCAGCAACCUCCAUUCCUUCAGCCCACACCAGGAUUAUCAGUUCCCCAGAAUCUCCAAUAUCCAGGACUUAAUCCUUCUUUACCAUCUGGGCUGCAAAAACUGUCAGAACUCCAGCCCUCAUUGAUGCAGCCACCUGCUACUAGUCAAGGUCAUCCGUCAGGUAUCCUUCCUGCUACAACAGCUCCUGCUUCUGCUACCUUAUUAGCUCCGGAAAGUUCAAAGCCUCUGCUGCCGAACAUGGGAUCAUUGUUUACUCCUCACGUGACAUCUCUUGGUGCAACUUUUCCUUUUGCAAGCCAGCCAACUUCCAUGGCUGAAACUAGUGCAACAGUGUCACAGAACUUAGCUUCUCUUGGUAGCAGCAGGGCUGCUGCUCUUCCAGGCUCAACACUGGCAUACCAAACAAUAUCUCAGUCAGUUUCUUCAACUGUUUCCACAACUACCUCAGCCCAGGUGGAGAUGCCGACUGUUUCCACAUCUAGCUCAGUCCAAGUGGAGAUGCCUGUGCCUUUGUUUGCACCAUCAGGUCAGUUAUUGCAGAACACGGCAUCCAUGCUUUCAUCCUCGCAUUCCAUGCAGACACCUUUCCAGAUGGGCAGCAAAGAAGUGAAGCCAGUUGAGCCUAAGGCCAAGGUUGCAGAGCCAUUGCUAUCUGACCCUUUGCUGCUUGAUCCACCACUACGUGCUCUGCCUGAAAAUAAGGAGCCUAUAUUACCAUUGCCGAAACAAACACCUCAAAAGUACAAUGGAUCUGGUUCGCACAACCACCACAACUUUAGGGGCCGUGGAAGGGGUAGAGGGAGUACGUUUUCACAGUCUGUAACAGCAUUUACCGAAGAGUUUGAUUUCACCGCCAUGAAUGAGAAGUUUAACAAAGAUGAAGUCUGGGGUCAUCUUGGUAAGAAAUCCCAGUCAAGGGAUAAAAAUGGUGAGCUGGCAGAUGAUGUGUUUGAUGAAGACCUGGAGGUUGAGGAAACAGACAACCCAGAGUUGGCUGUCAAGCCUGUUUAUGUCAAAGACGACUUUUUUGAUUCCCUUUCUAGUGGAACAUUUGGGCGUGGAGGGCCAAACGGAAGGGGCAGAUUUUCAGAAAGGCGGAGAGUAGACACAGAGACGUUUGGUGAUUUUCCACGGCACCGGCAGCUGUAUCGUGGUGGCGCCCGUGGUUACCGUGGUGGUGGUCGUUCCCGUGGUUCAUACUACGGUGGCAGAGGCUAUGGUAACAUGGGGAUGGCUGGCCCUGGGAAUUCUUAUCCUUACCACGGGUCGUAUGGGAGAGAUUGAUUGUAGAAGACAUGUGCUGUCAAUCAUACUUGCAGGUCUUGUAGUAUUUACUAAAUGCGCAAUGCAUCUUACUAUUCUACAAAUAAACGGAACCAUAUCGCGUCACUUGCAUGCGCCUUGUCUAGACAGGGCCUGUAGCGUUUGGUCAUCGAUGUGGUCUAUACCCUGCGAUCUGUAGGAGAGUUACCAGUAGAUGAGCAGCUGAUGCUUUAUAGGUAUAUAAGCUUGCGGCCCUUGAAUGUGUACCCCAUGCGUGAGAUUUAGUUGUACAGGCCGACCGAUCUCAAACCUGGUAUACGGUGCUAGGCUUAACUCAGUAACUUUUCUCUUUCAGACUAGCCGUGUUGUCUGUUUUGUAUUGGUGUUUGUGUAACUUUGAAUUUCACUGGUUAUCAGAAGUCUUCAAUUGUAUCCUGAACUGAAUUAUUGGUGCUGUUGCAAUUAAUCUUUACCUUCCGAAA